GCAGCAGCAGCCAUUUUAGCAGAACAUAACAAUAGAUGUUGUUAUGUUCUUCUCCUUCUCCUCUCCUCUCGCCCAUGGAGCUCAGGCAAGGACACAGUUAACAAUCAGCUUGUCUUUUAUCAUCCUGGCUGUGAAAGUACGAGCGCCAUGGUAACGCUGAAUCGCUUGAGUGUAGCAGACCUGGAUGACAGCUCUCAGCAGCUGCCUGAGGCCGCAGAAGCGGCAACCCCAAGACCAGCCUUUCACAGGAAGAAAGUGAUCCCAAAGACUGACUCCAGAGAUGUUUUUCUCAACAGAGAGGAGAACCUUUUCUUUAGCCUGAUGCUGCUGAUCGGAUGUUAUUUGGCUAUUCUGAUUCCUGCUUAUCUCCCCUUGGACAAGGUGGCAGCUAUCAGGGAUGACUAUCAACAACCCAAAGAUAUGGCCGUACUAAAUCGGUCAGCCUCUCUGCUGGCAGGACCUUGUCUGCCUCGCUGGUGUCUAAACCACCUCAAGCACCUGUCUUAUCCUGUUGGCCUCCAAGACAUCCCCGUGUUUGUACAGCAGGAGAGGCCUGAGCCAUGGACUCUGUCUCCUCCUCUUGGGUUUCAGGGCAUCGAACAGCAUCUCGCUGUAGCGCUCGCCUCUCUGCCUCAACCUGGCCUGCCUCCAUCAUUGAAGAGAGAAGGCAGCUGCACGCGAUGCGUGGUGGUGGGUAGUGGAGGGAUUCUUCAUGGGAGCCAUCUUGGAUCACAUAUAGAUCAGUAUGACAUCAUUAUCAGGCUGAAUAAUGCUCCAGUGCACGGCUUUGAGAGAGAUGUUGGUUCGAGGACAACCAUCCGCCUGACAUAUCCAGAGGGAGCGCCUCACUCCUCAAACGAGUACAAAAGGACUAGCAUAUUUGCUGUGGUGGUCUUUAAGAGCCUAGAUUUAGACUGGGUUACUUCUGUCAUCACCAAACAACCUCUGAGCUUCUGGUCUAAAAUGUGGUUCUGGAAAGAAGUUGUGGAUCAUAUCCCCCUGACACCAGAGAGCUUCAAGAUCGUCCACCCAGAGAUUAUUCACAAGACGGGCCAAGUUAUAGAGAAAUAUGAACUGAACCAGAGAAAUAACAUAUUGCCAACAAUUGGUGCCACUGGAGUGGUGAUGGCUUUGCAGAUGUGCGACCAGGUGAGCCUGGCUGGGUUUGGGUAUGACAUGCAGCACCCUGAGGCCAGGCUUCAUUAUUAUGAGGCCAUACGCAUGGACACAAUGAAGUCUCAGGUGGUGCAUGAUGUAACUGCUGAAAAACUCUUCUUGAAGGACCUGGUGGCUGCAGGAGUAGUGACUGACCUAACAGGAGGGGUAUGAGUCAAAGAUCGGUGAUAUACCGAACUAAAGAACCCUACACACUGCAGACUGGCUUCUAAAAUGCUCAGUAUCAUGUGGUUAACUGAUUGCUGAGCACAUUUAACUCCAAGUGACGGUAGAGGCUAAUUUCUGUCAUUACAAUUCAAUGAACAUGUUAAAUCACUGGAUCCUGUACUGUAAUUGUGAUAGGAGAAGCUAAAUUGUGCUACCACACAGAAACGUGAUGGUCUGGGUUCACACUGUACUAUUUCAACUGAGUUUACAACAAUUUAAUAAACAUAAAACAUAAGAA